ACACACACACACACACACACACACACAAAGAUCCACGGAGCUGGCGCGCAGAGCAGUGGCGUCCAUCCUCCCCCCUCAGUGCGACUCCUCCGAGGGAUCAGGAGUAGACUAAGUCAAACUUCCAGCGGCUGAAGAUUUGUGCGCAACCUUUAAAGGAUCUAAGUCGUCAAGACCAGGGGACAGAAACAUGGGAUUUAGUCUCUGUAGAGCCAAGAGGAGUCUAAUACACUAAAUAAACAGGUGUCUGUGGUGAUGUUGCCAUGCUGCCAUUUGCUCUUAUCCUUUAUUCAGCAGGACUGAUGUCCAGAUGGUGUGCCCCUCCAUGUGUGGUCCAGUUCAGCGCUCCCUGACCGUGUCAUCGGCCACAAACCAACCCAAGCAUCCACGCCCACUGCUUGAUUCAACCCCAACGCGAACCACCCUUAACCCCUUACCCCUCACCCUCAGCCCCCCACCUCCCUCUGCCUCACUCUCUGCCAAGCCUCUCCUCACAUUUUGACAAUCCUAGCCCUGCUUGAGCCCAACAUGGUGGCCUGCAUUCCUAUUCUAAUCUUGGUCAUGCUGUGUCGGGGCGUCUUGCUCUCUGUCGGAGACCCUCCUCAGUCCCGCCGGGAGAUCCGCAUCGAGGGAGAUCUAGUGCUUGGCGGCCUGUUCCCGGUGCAUGAGAAAGGAGCUGGAAUGGAGGAGUGUGGGCGUGUGAAUGAGGACAGAGGGAUCCAGAGGCUGGAGGCCAUGCUGUUUGCCAUUGACAGAAUCAAUAUGGACGACACUUUGUUGCCUGGGGUCUCUCUCGGUGUCCACAUCCUGGACACCUGCUCCAGAGAUACCUAUGCGCUGGAGCAGGCUCUGGAGUUCGUAAGAGCCUCCCUCACCAAGGUGGACGACACAGAGUUCAUCUGUCCAGAUGGAUCUUACGCUCUGCAGGACGACAGCCCACUCGCAAUCGCUGGAGUCAUAGGUGGAUCCUUCAGCAGCGUCUCCAUACAGGUUGCCAAUCUUCUCAGGCUCUUUCAGAUUCCUCAGAUCAGCUAUGCUUCGACCAGUGCCAAGCUCAGUGAUAAGACCCGCUACGAUUACUUCGCCCGCACGGUGCCCCCUGACUUCUACCAGGCUAAAGCAAUGGCCGAGAUCCUCCGGUUCUUCAACUGGACAUACGUGUCCACUGUGGCAUCGGAGGGUGAUUACGGUGAAACUGGUAUAGAGGCCUUCGAACAAGAGGCACGGAUGAGGAACAUCUGUAUCGCCACUUCAGAGAAGGUGGGGCGGACUAACGCUAAGAAGUCCUAUGAAGCUGUGAUCCGCCAGCUCCUCCAGAAGCCCAAUGCACGUGUGGCCGUCCUCUUCCUGCGCAGCGACGAUGCCAGAGAGCUGCUGGCCGCUGCUGCCAGGCUUAAUACCUCCUUCAUCUGGGUGGCCAGCGAUGGCUGGGGUGCACAGGAAAGCAUUGUCAAGGGAAAUGAGGUAACUGCUGAAGGAGCCAUCACACUUGAGCUGGCAGCCAAUCCUGUGCCAGAAUUCAACCGCUACUUUCUCAGUCUGAACCCGGUCAAAAACCACCGUAAUCCCUGGUACAGGGAAUUCUGGGAGCAGCGGUUCCAAUGUUCCUUGGGUGGUGUAGGAGCAGCAGGAGGGGGGGGAGGUGUUGGAUUGGGAGAGACAUCUCUCCCACCAUGUGACAUGGACUUGUCAAUGGACAAGAGUAACUUUGAACCAGAGUCCAAGAUCAUGUUUGUGGUGAACGCGGUGUACGCCAUUGCUCAUGCCCUCCAUUAUAUGCAACGGAGCCUGUGCUUCAACACCACCAAGCUGUGCGACAGCAUGAAGGUAUUGGAUGGGCGCAGACUCUACAGGGAUUACAUCCUUAAUGUCAGCUUCACAGCCCCUUUCUCUCCUCCAGGCAGUGAGACAGUAGUGAAGUUUGAUUCCCAGGGGGAUGGCGUGGGCCGAUACAACAUCUUCAGCUACCAGCGCUCUGGCGAUCGUUACGGUUACGUGCCAGUAGGUGACUGGGCAGAGAGUCUAACUCUGAGCAACGAUCUGAUUCACUGGCCCAGAGAAGUGGUGCCCACCUCGCAGUGCAGCGACCCCUGUGAACGCAAUGAGAUGAAGAAAAUGCAGGCAGGUGAGUACUGCUGCUGGAUCUGUACAGCCUGCGAGCCUCAUGAAUACCUGGCUGAUGAGUUCACCUGCUCGCCCUGUGCUCCUGGCCAGUGGCCUACUGAUGACCUGACGGCCUGUUACGACCUUCCUGAGGACUAUAUAAUGUGGGAAGAUGCCUGGGCCAUUGGUCCAAUUACCAUCGCCUGUGUAGGGUUCAUGUGCACAGGUCUGGUGUUCUGGGUGUUUAUCCGACACAACCACACACCCCUGGUGAAAGCUUCAGGCAGAGAGCUAUGUUAUAUCCUCCUCUUGGGAGUCUUCAUGUCCUAUGCCAUGACUUUCCUCUUCUUGGCCAAACCAUCUCCUGCCAUCUGUGCCCUCCGGCGCCUCGGACUGGGCACGUCGUUCGCUGUCUGCUACUCCGCCCUCCUCACCAAAACCAACAGAAUCGCCAGGAUUUUCAAUGGCGUGAAAGACGGAGCGGGUGCAGUGAGGCCACGCUUCAUUAGCCCGUCCUCUCAGGUGUUCAUCUGUCUGAGUUUAAUCUCUGUCCAGUUAGUGAUGGUGUCAGUUUGGCUGCUGCUGGAAGUUCCCGGGACACGGCGCUUCACGUUGCCAGAGCGACGGCAGACUGUCAUCUUAAAGUGUAACGUGCGCGACUCCAGCAUGCUGCUGUCACUGGGAUAUGACGUGCUCCUGGUCAUCCUGUGUACUGUGUAUGCCUUCAAGACCAGAAAGUGCCCCGAGAACUUCAACGAGGCCAAGUUUAUUGGAUUCACCAUGUACACCACCUGUAUAAUUUGGCUGGCCUUUCUUCCCAUCUUCUAUGUUACAUCCAGUGACUACAGGGUUCAGACCACUACCAUGUGUAUCUCAGUCAGUCUUAGUGGCUUUGUGGUCCUGGGCUGUAUGUUUGCUCCCAAGGUCCAUAUCAUCAUGUUCCAGCCCCAGAAGAAUGUGACCAGCCACAGGCUUAACCUCAAUCGCUGCAGUGUCAGUGGGGCUGCCACCACAUACGCAUCUCAUGCCUCUGUCAGCGCCCACCACGUCCCAACCGUGUGCAACGGGAGAGAAAUUGUCGACUCCACUACUUCCUCUCUGUGACCACAUCCAGUCCACUCAUUAAAUCUGCCAGAGCGACUGUUAGCCAACCCAUGAACAUUAUCCCCCUCAACCAUCAUUCCCCACCUCAUUCACACACUGUAUACACACAAAAAAAACACACACAUAUACAUAUGUACACAUACACACAAAUACAAGCACAAACAAACAAACAAACAACCUUCCUUGUGGACUAGAACUGUAUUGUUUCAAAAAUGUAGAAAGUGUGUAACUAUAAUUAAAUUAUUUUCUAGGGAUGUACAUACAUGGAAUCAACAUUGUUGUAAGUAGAGAAACAAAAGAACAAAAAAAGUUUUUAGGAGGAAUUUUUGGAGCCUUUGUUUUUGAUAGCUUUGUUAUGAUGCGGUGUAAAUAGACAAGCGCUUAAUCAUGGUAGGAGGGCGUGUGUCCCUCAGUGUGGAUGCACAUUUGUGGCUCUGCUUGCCUCACCUGCAAUAUCCCACAGACUUUUUAUUCUCUUGCUUUUUUGUAGGUCUCAUUGUAAUAACCAAUUAUGUAUGCAUUUCUAUUGUGUAUCUGUACAUUUGUACAUUAUACUACUGAUGGUUCAAACAGCACAAUGAUGACAGUCUUGUAACCCUAGAAUGAAUGUGGACAAAAGCAUAAACUGGAUGGUAAAGGAUGGCUGUAAAGGACAUGUACAAAAAUCCACCCAACUCAUCGACUUACAGUUACACUGUGCCAGAACACAAUUUUCAGUUUGAGAGUUCAUCUAUUCACAUCUUGAUUGUUUUUCUUUGCAUCUUAGAUCCUUAUAAAGAACCCAUUGUAGCUGUUUUUUGCAGGAAAAAAUAUGUUUGCUUUUGAUACAAAUUUUCAUUUUUCUAUUUCUAAUCAUGGGAUCCCUUUAUCUUAACGGCCAUAGUUCCAGACAUGUGUUCACCAAGGCAACAGUAUGUUUACUCCCACUCUCAAGCAGCCUAUUUCUUUAGACAAUUGCUGUAAUGGAUUUCUAAUAAUAACUAGUGACAGGGCUGAAAAGAUAUAGUACAUCAAAUGCAUUUCUUUUGCUUCAAAACUGUCAACACAGACAGUGCUGCGGUAGUUCUGUCAACACAAACUGGUGUCUUACCCGGUAAUUAUGAAUUUAUGCUCAAAUGACUCAAACACUAAUCGAGGGAAACUGUCUGCUUUGCUAAACACAUGUUGAAUUUUUCCAACUACAGGGGAGUGGUAGGUCAUGUUUUCAUGUCCCAUAGAUACAGUAUGUGGAGAUGUUUUGAAUAUGGCUAUGUGCCUUAAUGUAUGUUUGAUAGUGUUCCAGGUGGAGGUUUAAAAGAGGUCAGUUUUACAAUACCAGCUGCAAAUCCUUGUUUGGUAAAUGUAAAAGUGACCCCAGUAUAGAGAACAUGUUUCAGGGCAACACAAUGUCAGUUAGUUUUAUUCCCUAGCAAGCCUUCUGCCAUUGAUUGUUUACCUGACGUGUUGAAACAGUGAAUCUGAGGAAUCCUUAGGUUGAAAUGACUUUCUCUAUACCCCCUUCUUUCUCUAGUCUGUGAUUUAAAAAAACAACCUGAAAUGGAUUUUUCUAUAGACACCCAUAACACUGUUUAGCGGCUCCAAUAAAAGAAGGAAGGGGAAGAGAAAAGCUCAUAUACCAUUAAGAUGAAGUCAUUGACUCGUUGACUUAUUGAAGUGUGCAGUUUACAUGUCUGUGUUAAAUGUGUUGACGUUGAGAGGCACAGUGGAGCAGCUGGCUACGGUGGUCCCAGAGAGGCUUACGCGGGGAAGCAGAGCACACAAUGUCAGCUGCUGGCACAUCUAACAAAAUGAUGUUAGAGUAGAACUCAUAUGCACAACAUACAUAACAUUUAUCAAAACAUCCCAUCAAAUUCUCUGUUUGUUGCUGGACAUAUCCCAGACUCUCUGCUGUGUGACAGUUAUGUAGUGGAGGGAAAUAAAUGACAAAAAACAUGAAUAAAGUUAUUUAUGAAAAACGA